CGCGGGCGCAGGUUGCAGCGACCGCGCAGGGCCUCGGCUGAUGCCGUGGUGGUGCCCCACCCCCACCCCGACCCCGCGGCGACCCAGCGCUGCAGACCCGUCGCUCCCGCCCCAGCGCCCGGGACUGCGGACUCCGUGACCCUGCCCUCGGGCCUGUCCGAGCCGGAGCAGCUCGGGACUGCGCAGCACCCCGCGUGCCGACAUGGGAAAGUCUUUUUCUCAUUUGCCUUUACAUUCAAAUAAAGAAGAUGGUUAUGAUGGCAUUACAUCGACUGAAAAUAUGAGGAAUGGAUUGGUUAAUGGUGAAGUCCAUAAUGAAGAUGGAAGAAGUGGAGAUGUCUCUCAGUUUCCAUAUGUGGAAUUUACAGGAAGAGAUAGUGUCACUUGCCCCACUUGUCAAGGAACAGGAAGAAUUCCUAGGGGACAAGAAAACCAACUAGUGGCAUUGAUUCCAUACAGUGAUCAGAGAUUAAGGCCAAGAAGAACAAAACUGUAUGUGAUGGCUUCUGUGUUUGUCUGUCUGCUGCUUUCUGGACUGGCUGUGUUUUUCCUUUUCCCUCGUUCUAUUGACGUGAAAUACAUUGGCGUCAAAUCAGCAUAUGUUAGUUACGAUGUUCAAAAACGCACAAUAUAUUUAAAUAUCACGAAUACACUAAAUAUAACGAACAAUAACUAUUAUUCUGUUGAAGUUGAAAACAUCACUGCACAAGUUCAGUUUUCAAAAACAGUUAUUGGAAAGGCACGCUUAAACAACAUAACCAGUAUUGGUCCACUGGAUAUGAAACAAAUUGAUUAUACAGUACCUACCAUCAUAGCAGAGGAGAUGAGUUAUAUGUUUGAUUUCUGUACACUGGCAACCAUCAAAGUACAUAACAUAGUGCUCAUGAUGCAAGUUACUGUAACGACAACUUACUUUGGACAUUCAGAACAGAUAUCCCAGGAAAGGUACCAGUAUGUUGAUUGUGGAAGAAACACCACGUAUCAUUUGGGGCAAUCUGAAUAUCUAAAUGUACUUCAGCCACAACAGUGAAGACUCAGAGAUGCACCUGGAGAAAAAAAAUACCUAUUGAUAUUUUCCAAACUCUGAAGGAUGAGGUACUUCGUGAUAGGAGAUCUUAAAUUGAACAACCUAAAGUUUACACUUCUGUUUUAAGAGUACAUCUAAAAAUAUGUGGACUUGUAGUUUAUCACAACUCUCCAUUCUGUGUCUGUGAUAUUUGUACCAGCAUCCUUGAUUUGAACCUAAAUUUACUGAUUGAUGUUCUUCGCUCCUUUCCCAAAGGGGAAAACUAAGACUUCUCCUUCAGGAUAAUAGAUACUUAUUUAAAAUUCACAGCUCUAAUCACUACUGAAAAGAUAAUUUUGGUGAUGAACAUAAUUUGAGAAACUUUAUUUCUGGAUGUUUUUAUAGAAAAUUACAGAGGGCCUAUUACUGAUGAAGACAUUUAAAGAAUACCUUUUCUUUUUUCCUGUUUUAUAAACUCCCAUUGCUAUUUGGUAGUAUUUAAACUAUGUGCUAUUUUAGCUUUUAGCUAAAUAUUUUUACUUUUUCAUUUUGAAAUCCCACUCAUUUGCAUGGUUUUGUCAGUGUUAUUUCAAGCUAGUGUUUGCAUAACACUUAUAAACCAAAAUAAUUUUUGCAAAAUUUCUGUACCUGAAAAAUUUUGAAAACCCUUAUAUAAUGUGUUUCACAUGUCUUUCCAUGUUAUAGUUGUGUGAAACUUUUGUGUAAUAUGCAAGUAUAACCAUUUAAUGUACAGUAUUGUAAAUAAAUUAUGCAUGGAUUCUAAAUAGUUGUAAUAAAUGUUAAAGUGGUACAGAUUUAAAAUCUAGUAAGUUGCUCAUAAAAAUUAAAAAAAAAACAGGAAAAUGAAAUUCAGAAACCUCUAGAAUGUGAAUAUGUUUCCAAAUACAUAUUUGAUCAGGUAUAACAUAGAUUUGAAAUAAAAUAUUUUGGUGAUCCACUUUUUUUUAAUGUUGCUUUUCAUACUAAAGAAUUAUGAAGACACUUUUCACAACUGUUAGGUACUCAGAUCAUCAAUUUUAUGAAUGUUUUAGAGGUGAAAUUAUUAUUUUGGUAAAAUUAUCCAGGAAAUCCUAUUAUAAAUUAUGGUGGCUAUAGCAAAAUAAAACUUAUACUCUGCUUUUUAAAAUUUAAUUACUUUGCAUAUCAUCGAUAUCAGGCCUCUAGGAGUUACAUUUUUUAAGUUUUCUACUUUUGGUUUAGAUUUUGUUUAAAGUUGUUCUCAAGUGUAAAUUGUUGACUUACUUUGCUAUUUUAUAUUUUUACUACCAUUUUGCAUUUGGGCUUUUGGCCUUUUCACUUCCCAGGUUCAGAGUACCUUUUAAAUACAUGCUGCCGAGCAUUGGGGCUGACUGUUGAUACCAAAACCAGUCAUUGGCUUGAGGUUAAUCUCCUUCAGUUCCUUAGUGGCAAAUCAGGUUACCCCUCUCUCUGCCCGAAAAGUGCCUGACUUAGGUCUGAAACAUUCUUAUUUAUAAGUCUGACUCUCUCAACUAUAAAACAUGAGCUUUAUUUAAUUAUAAGUAAUUAAAGCUAAUGAAGCCCUCCUUUCUGCCUUUAAACCUACUCAGGUUUCCCCUUAGCUCUCAUAUCCUUUUUUCUAAGUUUUCCUCAAUGAACCAUUUUAAUGGAUGAAAUGUACUAACUUCUUUUUUUGUUUUUAACUACUUAGUCUCCCCUUAAUCCAUUGCUAACUCAUCCAUCCUUAUUACUAUUAAACUAAAAUCACCCCUUUAAAUUAAUUAUGGAUUUUGUGGUCCAACCCAAUCUUUAAUAUUUUUUCUGCCAUGUUUUUUGACCACCCCUUGUCUCCUUGAAAUUGCACACUUCACUACCAUGUGGGUUCUAUUUGUAUUUUUCAUAUUGUUCUCAUUUCAUUUUUCUCACUCUCCUAUCUUCUGAUGUUAUUAUGAAUAGUAUCCAGACCCUCUUCUGCCUCAAAAUUUCUACUUCUGUGUCUUAAACAAUCACCUCCGUUAGUACAUCCAGAUCCGUUUCUACAUCCCUGACCAGUAACCUAUCUAGUUUCUCAUUUAGCUAAUGAGUUAGACUUCCCCAGUAGCUCAGACAUUAAAGAAUCUCCCUGCAGUGCAGGAGACCCAGGUUUGAUCCCUGUGUUGGGACGAUCCCCUGGAGAAGGGAAUGGCAACACACUCCAGUAUUUUUGCCUGGAAAAUUCCAUGCACAGAGGAACCUGGCAGGCUGUAGUCCAUGGGGUGGUAAAGAGUUGGACACAACUGAAUGACUGACAGCUUUUAGAGAAAAUAGUAUUUCAGUGACUGUGUAAAAGGAAAAAAUGUUAAAAAAAAAAAACAAAAAACAUGUUUUGUCCCAUUUGUUCAAAAUCAUCCUUUCACAUAUGCCUUCUUCAAAAAUCAAUCCUUAAUUAUUUUGCUACUUUGUAUCUUUUAACCUUGGAAAACUAUAUAGUGUAAACUAGUGGACUUUUGUUUUGAUAUGUAGCUCUAAUAUCCUUGUAGAGAGGACACAGAGCAUCUGCUGAAAAGUCAGGAAAGUUAGAGAACAUUUGCUUUUACUGACUUAGUUCUGAAUAUUUAUUCAUUCUGUAAAUUAAAAAUUCCUUAUUAUUCCUGCUUUCUCUGGCAUUCAAAUCAGAAAGAAACUGAAAUUUAAAAUAAGUUAAAGAAAAAUAGUAGAGAAAUAAAGAUCACUUGUGACUAUUUUCACAGAGGGUUAAGUAACUGCCAGAGAACCCUAGAGCAAAGUAGGCUGUAAAUUAAUACAAUUACAAAAGCACAUUCUAGUGAUGCAGACUUAUAGCCAUUAAAGAAAAAAUCUGAAAAGAACAGAUGAGGUCAUUUCUUAGGUCAUUGUCCAGUGCAGUCUCUUACAUGGUAAUAAGAUUUUUUAAGAACUAUUCUCAGAUCUUAUUCAACAAACAUGGUAAAGAUGUUAAUUUUUUUUUUUUUUUUCUGAUACUUCCAAGAAUAACUUCCUUGCACCUUUAAUAGACUGGUCAUUCUAACCAAGCCUACAUGUUUUGAUAUUAUAUUUAUAUAGCACCAUGCCCUUUGCAGAACUCUUGUUUUGUCAUAUCAUUUGCCAGAGUCCUGUGAGUCAGAAAAGGAGGGUGGUAGGAGCCCCAUCUUUUAGAAAAGGAAAAAGAGGCAUAGAGAAGUUGAGGGACUUGCUGAAUAUUUAAUAAAUACUUUAACUGAUGCCAGACUGAAUUUUUCUGUCUGCCAUAUCUGUGCUUGGUCAGUUAAAUCACCCAUUGGAAAGCCCUGUUGACUCAGGUUAGUAUAAGUAAAAAUCAGAGAAAAUAGAUACAUAGGUAACAUAGUGACAGUCCAGUUAAUACUAAUGAACUAAGAUUUUGGAUAUCUUGAAAUUAGUACCUUAAAUAUUUUCAAUGGGAAAUGAACACUUGUAAGAUAUUUUGGAGCAUAAUCUAGAACUUAAUUUUUUUAAGUAGCUUAAUUUUCUGUUAAAUCUGUGAUUAUUCCAGUAAAGAUAAUAGACUAAUUAUAAAGAAGAGAUUAAUGGAUUUAAGAUUUGAAAUAAGUUUGAAAAUAUUAGACCCAGGUAAACUGCUUGCAGUUUCUAAAUAGCCAUCUUUACUGUACCAUGUAACAUGUAAAUGACCAUGGUUUUAUUUGUGUGCAUUUUUUCCAUGCUUUUUUGUUUGUUUAGGCAAAUGACAUAAUUAUUUUCUCGAAGAAUUCAUGACAAGAAAAUAAAAUUCACUUUAGAUCUUCUGGUUUGUAGUUUGGGAACAACACAGUGUGGUGUUCAAAUAGAUAGGAAGUGAUCGCCAAAACAAAAUGAAAGUAACUUAAAAGACUUCAGACGUCAGCCUGAUGAAUCUUUGUGGUUCUUAGUCUUAUCAUUAUUGCAAUAUAAUUCUGGAUGUUUCGUGUCCCCAACUUUCUGUCAUGCCAUUUGACUUUUUUUUUGAGUUUUAAAAUAAUUUUUUGUAUAUUGCUAUGUCUUAUUUAAGAAAAUGAUUUGCUAGAUACUUGACCCCAGAGUAAGUCACUUUUCAGUGUAGCUAAUGUUUUUUUUUUACUUUCUGUGUCACAUACUGUACUGUACUAACUUUUCUCAUUAUCCUUCAGAAGAGUCCUUUAAGGUAGUUACUGUCAUUACCCCUCCCCCAUUUUAUCUCUGAGCAAAUUUGGGUUUUAGAGAGAUUAAGAAAUAUACAUAAGCUUUAAAGUGGCAGAUUAGAGAUUCAUAACAGGUCUGUUUUACUCAAGCAUCAUUGUUCUUACAGUAAGCAUAUUUUCUUUCUAGCCUUUGAAAAUGUUUUAUUCAUAAAAAUGUAUUGGAUAUUGCACUUAAUAUGUAGGACUGAGGCUUUUGAUAGUAUUUUUAAGAAUACUAUUAAGAUACUUUAUUAUUUUAUAAAUCUUCAGUAUAAAAUGUUUAUCUUUAAUUAUUAAUGCUUAUCUGUUAGGGUUUCUUUCUAAAAGAGAUAAAAUUUUAAAUUUACAGGUACAUAUGUCUUCCUAGAUUGGGCUUCCCAGUUGGCAUUAGUGAGAUUGUAAGCCAGAGGUUGCUCACCAUUUUAUGAUUUUUUAGCUCAUAACAUCUGAAAACAGUAACUACUUGGCUCAAAUACAUCUAAGAAUUUUAUUUCUUUCUCUUUUUUUGUAAUAUCAGAUUUUAAAUAAAAUGUUAAACUAUUUUAAGGAAAAAAUAUGUUUGAGGUGGGAUAAAAAGACUGUUAAACAUUAUUUCUUUAAAAAAAUUAUUUUUACAUGAAAACUAGAUAUAUUUGUGAUGUGUUCAAUCAAAAAAUUCACUACUGUAUCCCAGAUCUACAUAUUUCAAAGUAAAAAUGCUCACUUGUCAGCUGAAAUUUCUGAUUAGAACCAAUAUUUGUAUAUUUUUGUGCUUAGUCAGAAUUUAAAUUUCACAGUGGAUUUUUUUUUCUUGAAAUUGACCUUUAAUUAGGAUGAAAGCAAGUGAUAUAUUUAUAUACUAUAGGGAUAAAAAUGGUAAUUUUCAUUUUUAAAAAGCUACCAGUGUGAUUAUGUUUUUAGUUCCUUUUACUCAUGUUUAGCAUGGACUUUUAAGUUACAAAAUACACUGUGGUCUGUAUUGACCCAAAAAGUAUUCCAUAAAUUAAACAAAUAUAUGGCAGGUUUUUCAUACCUGAAUCUAAUUCUUCUAGAAGGAAGUUAUUGCCUUCUAUUUAAUUACAUUAAUUGAAAUGUGUUUAAGAGAAAUGUUUUCAGCAUAUUUUGUAUACUAAAAAACAAAAGGGGUUAGUAUUGGGCCAAUGGCCAAGAGGUAAUGUUUCUACCUUGUAGACUGUUACAGUUCAAAUUGUCCCACUCCCCCCAGAAUUUUAGAAACUAGAAGUCUGGGAGAUGCUAUGUCAGCUGUCGGCGGUUGACUAAAUGCUGUAAGCUGUAUUCAUCUUUUGUUACUGUGUGAGAAGGGGGAAAUGCCACAUUGCACAAGAUGCAUAAUUUCAUUGUAUAAUGAUUUAGGCAUAUAAUAUCAGCAAGCUUGUCUUGUGUGUUUUGUCUUAUAUUUCCUCAUAGAACUAAAUUAAGUAAGAUUUUGGGAAAUCAUUUUAAAAUGCUUUCUGACUUGACAUGCUUGGUCAGAAAUUGUUGGCAUUGGUGGGUAGGUUCUAACCAGUGAUUUUAAUUGUGCAAUAAAUAAUGAUAGAGUGUGAGACUAUGUUUGGGCACUUACUAUUUGUUUAUAUUAGGUAUUAACCUCCAUUAUAACAUACUAAAUUUCCAAGUUGAGCAGUUCUGUAGUUUUAACUAUUGUUGCUGUACCUAUAACAAAACAUACUUAUGACAGUAAAGUGAAUAGAAGUGCCCCCAAAUACUAUUUUUUAAUUCACUUGUAACUGUUCCUCUUGUAAUUGUGUAUGACAAAAUCAAAUUUGUAAAAAUUUUAGCAUGAAAAAUAAAAUUUGUAUCAGUCAA